UUUUUACAAGAUUUGAUGACGAGAACACAGAAAAGGCCAGAAAGACUGAAAGGGAAGAUGAGUGGGGUGUCAGCUUCUCCACAUUCUUCUUUCUGUCGUCUUCAAUCUAAAACUCAAAUCGGAAGCUGUAGCCAUCGAUUGAACUCCGUUUCUUUUGGUUACGAAGGAAGAGGAAGGUUGAUAGUAUCGUGCAACGGCAGCACCAGGCCUGGUGGUGGUCCUGGUUCCGGUGAUAGUGACAGUAGGGGUGUUCUGGAUGCAUUUUUCUUGGGAAAGGCUCUCGCUGAAGCAGUAACUGAGCGCGUUGAGUCCACUGUUGGGGAGUUCUUGAGUACUGUUGGCAGGUUGCAAGCUGAGCAGCAAAAGCAAGUACAGGAGUUCCAGGAAGAUGUGUUGGAAAGGGCUAAGAAAGCCAAGGAGAGAGCAGCACGUGAGGCGAUGGAGGCACAGGGGCUUGUCUAUAAAUCAACUGGCAAUACAACUGAUGGUGUAGUUCCAGCUUCCAGUGCAGAUUCACCCCCAAGGACAAAUCACUCCCCAUCCUUUGCUGCUGCUGGGACAGGACUUGAUUCUCCUACCAACACAGGUUACCAAGCCAAGGGCCCUGUUUCAGGAGCAUCAAAUGAUGAUCAAAAAAUUAACAAUGACUGAAUAAUUUCUUUAGUUUUGAUCGGUUAUGUGUUGAGUUUGUAUCACUGCAAAGCUCCUCAGUUAUGAUAUCAUAUUUAGCAACAAUAAUCUUUAUCCACAAGGGUGAUGGCUCCCUAGUGAAUUUUCCAAAGCCAUUUA